AUGGCUCUCGCAACCAAGCUCACGGCGCCGAACGGGCGGUCGUUUACGCUGCCCACCGGUCUCUUCAUCAACAAUGAGUUUGUCAAGGCCGCGUCUGGCAAGCGGCUGUCCAGCGUGAACCCCGCCAACGGCAAGGAAAUCUGCACCGUCGAGGCGGCAGGCGCAGAGGACGUCGACCGGGCCGUCCGGGCGGCGCGGCAGGCGUUCCGGUCCCCCUCGUGGCGCGACAUGACGGGGGCCUCGCGCGGCGCGCUCAUGCACAGGCUGGCGGACCUGGUCGAGCAGCACCAGGAGACGCUCGCGACCAUCGAGACGUGGGACAACGGCAAGCCGUACGGGGUGGCGCUCCACGAGGACCUGCACGAGGUGGCGGCCUGCCUGCGCUACUACGCGGGCUGGGCGGACAAGAUCCACGGGCAGACGAUCCCGACGACGUCGUCGAGGCGCAAGCUCGCGUACACGCUGCGGCAGCCCGUGGGCGUGUGCGCGCAAAUCAUCCCCUGGAACUACCCGCUCGCCAUGGCCGCGUGGAAGCUCGGCCCCGCGCUCGCGACGGGCAACGUCGUCGUCCUCAAGCCCGCCGAGCAGACGCCCCUGUCGAUCCUGUACCUGGCCGACCUCGUCCGCCGGGCGGGCUUCCCCGCGGGCGUCCUCAACGUCGUCAACGGGCUGGGGCGCGACGCGGGCCACGCGCUGGCGAGCCACCGCGGCGUCGACAAGAUUGCUUUCACGGGCUCGACGCCCACGGGCCGCGAGAUCAUGAAGGCCGCGGCGACGAAGCUGAAUAACAUCACGCUCGAGACGGGCGGCAAGUCGCCGCUGCUCGUCUUCGAGGACGCGGACCUCGAGCAGGCCGCCAGGUGGGCCUACGUCGGCAUCAUGAGCAACCAGGGGCAGGUGUGCACGGCGACGUCGCGCCUCCUGGUGCAGGCGUCGGUGGCGGACGAGUUCACGCGCGCGCUGCUCGACGUGGUGCGCGCCGAGGCCAAGACGGGGGACCCGUUCGCCGAGGGGACGACACAUGGGCCGCAGGUGUCGCGCGCGCAGUACGACAAGAUCUUGGGGUUCAUGGAGCGGGCGAGGGAGCAGGGCGCGCGUUGCGAGCUAGGCGGCGGGUCGGCGCAGGGCGAGGUCUCGACCGUGGCAGGCGGGAGCGCGAGCGGAGAGGGCGGCUUCUUCGUGCUGCCGACCGUGUUCUCGGGCGUGACCCGGGACAUGGAGGUGUUCCGCGAGGAGGUCUUCGGCCCGGUCGUCACGGUGACGCCCUUCAGGGACGAGGAGGAGGCGCUGGCGCUCGCCAACGACAGCAUCUACGGGCUGGCGGCGGCCGUCUUCAGCCGGGACGCGGAGCGGUCGCACCGCGUGGCGGCGGCGCUCGAGGCCGGCAUGGUGUGGAUCAACUCGAGCAACGACUCGGAGAUCCAGGUGCCCUUUGGCGGCGUCAAGCAGAGCGGCGUGGGCCGCGAGCUGGGCGAGGCCGGGCUGGCCGCGUACACGGAGAUUAAGGCGGUUCACGUGAACCUGGGGUCGAAGCUGUAGGUUUGAUGUACUUGGU